AUGGCAGCAAAACGGAAGGCGUCCUCUCUUCACGCCGUUGACGGUGAUGAGCCUGUUGACCCUUCUGACGAGCUCCUGUUCUACAAUCUUGGUGGUGGAAAUGAAGUCGGGAGGUCAUGUCAUAUCAUUCAAUACAAGGGGAAGACAGUUAUGCUUGACGCUGGAAUGCACCCGGCAAAAGAUGGUUUCGCUGCACUCCCAUUCUUCGACGAUUUUGACCUAAGCACUGUCGAUAUCCUUCUUAUAAGCCAUUUCCAUCUGGACCACUCAGCCAGUCUACCCUAUGUCCUUAGCAAAACCAACUUCAGAGGCCGGGUUUUUAUGACCCAUGCUACCAAAGCUAUCUACAAAUGGUUGAUCCAGGACAAUGUCCGGGUUAGCAAUACGUCAUCUUCCUCCGAUCAGCGCACAACUCUCUACACGGAACAAGACCACCUCUCGACCUUGUCCCAUAUAGAAGCCAUUGAUUUCAACACCACCCAUACUAUCAACAACAUUCGUAUUACCCCCUUUCCUGCGGGUCAUGUCCUUGGUGCAGCCAUGUUUCUUAUCUCAAUCGCUGGUCUUAACAUUCUCUUCACGGGUGACUACUCUCGUGAAGAAGACCGACAUCUUAUAUCAGCGGAAGCACCAAAAGGUGUCAAAGUUGACGUGCUCAUCACUGAAUCCACAUUCGGCGUAUCUUCCAACCCACCUCGCUUGGAACGAGAGGCAGCGCUUAUUAAAUCUAUCACAUCAAUUCUUAACCGAGGAGGACGGGUUCUCAUGCCAGUUUUUGCCCUGGGACGAGCACAGGAGCUCUUAUUAAUUCUCGACGAAUACUGGAGUCGUCAUCCCGAGUUGCAGAAGAUACCUAUCUACUAUAUCGGAAACAUUGCACGGAGAUGUAUGGUUGUUUAUCAGACAUACAUUGGAGCCAUGAACGAAAAUAUCAAGCGCCUUUUCCGCCAACGGAUGGCAGAGGCUGAAGCCUCCGGGGACAAGAGCAUCAGCGCAGGACCGUGGGAUUUCCGGUUCGUGCGCAGUGUGAGGAGUAUUGAGCGCUUUGAUGAUGUGGGCGGAUGCGUCAUGCUUGCCUCUCCUGGUAUGCUGCAAACAGGCACUAGCCGGGAACUUCUGGAACGGUGGGCGCCAAACGAACGAAACGGUGUAAUUAUGACUGGCUAUAGUGUUGAGGGUACUAUGGGCAAACAGAUCCUAAAUGAGCCAGAGCAAAUUCCGGCAGUGAUGAGCGGCAGGAAUGCUGUUGGGCCGGCUAGGAGAAUGGCCACUGGAGAUGACGAUGAGCAAAAGGUCAUGAUUCCGAGGCGAUGCAGCGUGGAUGAAAUAAGUUUUGCAGCCCACGUCGAUGGAAUGGAAAACCGCGCGUUUAUUGAAGAAGUUGGCGCCCCUGUUGUGAUCCUUGUCCACGGAGAAAAAAACCAAAUGAUGCGCCUUAAAUCCAAACUGCUAAGUUUAAACACGGACAAAACCGUCAAAGUCAAAGUAUAUACGCCAGCAAACUGCGAGGAAGUCCGAAUACCCUUCCAAGUCGACAAGGUUGCCAAAGUCGUCGGGCGGCUUGCAGAGACCGUACCACCUUCUGACCAUAAGGAGUCACGACUCCUGAACGGCGUUCUCGUGCAACACGGAUUCAAGUUAUCCCUGAUGGCGCCUGAAGAUCUCAGGGAAUAUGCUGGCCUGGCUACCACGACCGUCACUUGCAAACAGCACAUCACGCUCAACACGGCCAGCAUUGAAUUGAUCCGAUGGGCGUUGGAGGGGACCUUUGGCGCUGUUGAGGAAAUCCGUCCCGAUCGCCCAAAGGCCGAAGACCUGGAGACCAACGGUUUUGACGGGGAGAGUAUCGAUGUAAAGAAAGAAGAUGAGAAAGUAGAUGAGGAAAUUUCGACGGAAGAAACACUGGCGUAUCUAGUGAUGGGCUGCGUUACUAUCCUCUACACUCCACGAACGCGAGAGGUGAUUGUCGAGUGGGAAGGGAAUAUGAUGAACGAUGGGAUUGCCGAUGCAGUCAUGGCCGUGUUACUUACAGUGGAGACCAGCCCAGCUUCUGUAAAACGCUCAAGCAAACAACACCGGCACCUGCACUCGCACACCCCACCCCUCACCUUACCAAACCCACACUCCAACCUAACACCAGAAGAACGCCUCGCGCGCCUCUGCAUGCUGCUCGAAGCGCAAUUCGGGCCCAACAUCGCGCCCAUCGAAAAGCCAAAGAUCAAGCAAACCUCCUUCGCCGCGGCCACCACCCCCCCCACCACCUCCUCAACACUUAACAAAAAUGGCACCUCGACACCAAGAACAACAGCAGCAGUAGCAUCAACCCUCUUAAAACCAGAUCCAGACGCCACCAGCGCAGUCUCCACCUCAACCGUUUCGGGCACGACAAUUACCGCACCCUCCCCGUCCCUCUCUCCCUCAUCCACGCCAACACCAUCGCCCGAAGACCUCACUGCCGAAGACCUGUACGAGCUCGAAUCUGCGGAGCUAGAGCGGCUUUACAGUCUCGGCAUUCCCGUGCCAGGUCUGGAGAUCCGGGUCGACAAGCAUGUGGCGCGUGUGUGGCUGGAGACACUGGAGGUGGAGUGCGGGUCUGCGGUGUUGAGGGACCGGGUGCGGGUAGUUGUUGAGCGGGCUGUGGAGACAGUGGCGGCCAAUCUUCAUCGGGAUAACAUCAUACUCUUGCAUGAUCCUUCUAGCUCAUCUGACUAA